GUCCUUCUUCCCAACAUGGAGCAGGCGAUUAACAUCACAGAACUGAAUCUGCCACAUCUAGAAAUGCUCAAGAACCAGCUGGACCAGGAAGUGGAGUUCCUGUCCACAUCCACUACCCAGCCCAAAGUGGUACAGACCAAGUAUGUGGAAGCCAAGGACUGUCUGAACGUGCUGAACAAGAGCAACAAGUGGAAAGAAUUACUCAUCCCACUGAUGAGCUUCAUAUAUGUCCCUGGGAAGCUACAUGACGUGGAACACGUGCUCAGUGAUGUGGGAACUCAGUACUAUGUAGAGAAGACAGCUGAGGAUGCCAAGGACUUCUUCAAGAGGAAGACAGGUGUUCUAACUAAGCAGAUGGAGAAAAUCCAACCAGCUCUCCAGGAGAAGCACGCCAUGAAACAGGCUGUCAUGGAAAUGAUGAGCCAGAAUAUUCAGCAACUCACAGCCCUGGGGACAGCUCAGGCUACUGCUAAGGCCUGA